UUGUCCCCUACUUCCAACUGGCGGCUGUGAGGUUGCUUCAACCACACUGCAGUUUGGCUACUCUGAGCAGAGGUGCUGCUGCUCCAAAACAGACUUGUGUAACCCCUGCCAGAUCAUCCACACACACGAUCUAUCGCGUCCUGGCGCUGUUCAUACCUACCUUGCCGGCUUUAGCUACCGACUUCAACAUCGUCGCCAGUGGGGAGACUAAAAAAACUGAAGAAAGCUACCAUUCAGAUCGCGACGGUUGGUCAACGCGACCGCCACCGACGGCUGACGUAUGUGGAUUUUUUUGUGUUCGAAAAGAGGAGGAGUCUAUUCGUGAGGCGGCUGGGUCCGCGAAUGCACAACUACACCGUGGUUGUGGCACAGUAGUUUCCCCCCGCUGUAUGUAUGAGACCGGUGUACUGAAGAUACCACAUCCUGACCGCAACGGUUGUACAUAACAGAGUCCGGAAGAAUUCAACAGCGGCUGGAGGAGGAGGAGACAGCUCGCUGCACACCGAAAAUCGCGGGAACAUCGCUCGACGACGCGAAGAGGCGGUUGUUGGAGAAUUCAGUGGUAAAUCCAUGACCAGGAACCUUUUAGCUUGAAGGCAGCAAUGGAAGUUGUUGUGACAGAGGAGAAGAAGAAGAUUUUCCGUGCUAGGAAAACCAUGAAAAUCAGUGAUCGACAGCAACUGGAGAGUCUUCACAGCACUUUGUUGACAGCUGCUCCAGGUUUGUCCGAGACAUCUCCGCCACCUCUAGUGAAUGGCACGCACAAAGAGGAUGGACAAAAAGUCGAGGACAAAGAGCAAAAUAACAUCUUGGAUUCAAACGCCACCUGCGCUACAUCCCCCGCCUCUCUGACCUCUCCAGGCUCUCCUGCUCCUUUCCUGUCCCUGAAUCUGUCCCCUUCCCCUGCCUCUUCACACAGCCCAAAAGCAAAGGAAGAUACUCCUACCUCUCCCACAUCACCAUUCCACUCACUAAACUUUGAACUGAAAAAGAUGGAGGAGGAGGAGAAGGAGGAGGAGAAGGAGGAUGAGAAGGGAAAGGAGAAGGGGAAGGAGAAGGACAAGGACAAGAAGGACAAGGACAAGAAAGGUUCUUCGUCAUCCUCAUCAAGUGAGUCAGUUAAACCAGCAUCAACGGAAUCCAUGGAAAACCAGGAACAAGGGGGGAAGGUGAACCAAGAGAUGGAAAAGAAAGAGGCUGAACAGACUACAACCAAGGACCCUGGUGUGGAUUUGGUGAAGGACUCUGUGAAAGGUUUGGUUCCAUGUUCGUCUGUGCCACCUCCAGUAUCUGCCUGCACAGAACCAAUGGACACAGAUAAUGACACUAUAAAGGCCAAGGACCCUGAGGCCUCCACGGUCAAAAUAAAAGACGAAAAGCCUUCUUGCCCCAAAUCUACCACUUCUGAUUCCUCUCUCCGUUCUCCUUCCUCAUCUCGUCCAGCGUCCUCUUCUUGUGUGGUUCUAAAACAAGAAAAGGAAAUAAAAGAGGAUGGCAUAAAAGAAGAGGACAAUGAAAAAGAGGCUGUGAAGAAGGGAUCACUAAAUGAGGAAAAGAUGGAGGUGGAGUCAGUCAAAAUAGAGCCCAAAAAGGAAAAAUCUGAAGUUAGACAAACCACAAAGCCAUCUCGACCAUCAUCCACUCCACCGUCUAAUACAGUAGUGCAGGAGGACAAGGGCUCCACCUCGGGACUGAAGCGCACUUUAUCAGAGGGUUACGAAAAAGGUGGACAAACUGUAAAAAGAGAGGGGAAGAGGCCCAAGCUCGAGCGUGAGGAGUUGGAGGCACAGCUGGAACUCAAAAUUACUGCGGAAGCUGGAAGUCACCAUAAACUUGAAAAGAUUGUGCAACAGCUAGUGGAUGAACGGUUGAGAGCCUUGCAGGCGACCAUUUUUGACAAACAUUUCGAAGAGCUGAAGGACAGAGUAGACAAAAUCGACUGUGCCACUAAACACCAAACCGCCAUUAACAUACUCCAAGCCAAGAUCGCCAGACUAGCAAAAAAGUUCGGGGAGGCCAAUCAGGCAUCAGAGAACAAAAGGAAACAUGAGGCACUCGCUGCUGCUGCUGCCGCCGCCGCUGCUGCUACUACUGCCACUACUGCUGCCAAGACUGCAACUGUUGCAAACAGCCCUCAAGCUCAACGGCCAGUCCGGACUUCCAUGGAGGUAAAGCAGACUCCAACAACUGUUUCUUCGUCCAGCACAGCUGGAAAUCCAGUAUUGCCAGCUCUGCCAGUCCCCACUGCAGCCCCAGUCCCAACACCCACCUCCACUGCCAUGGUAACACAGGCCCCUAUCCUCCAGCUGAUCACCUCCACCUCUAAUGCUGCCUCCACCUUGGCCACUGGCAUCACCACUCAGAGUCCCACAGGCACCCUACUGCUGAAGACGGCCCCCGGUAGCAGCAUGAUGACCACGGGCCAGCCGCUGCUCAUCCAGUUGCCUUUAUCAAUGACUAAUGGCCAGGCAGGGACGCUGGUCAACAUCCCAGUUUCCUCUUUGUCCACAGCCAGUUCACUCAACAAGGCAAAAACCACUGCCUCCACCACCACUUUUAUACUGAAGCCUGCCCCCGCCAUCACCACGGCACCAGCUUCUGUCCCAGCUGCUGCCACUGUCCCAGCGCUCCAGGCCUCCACUGGCCAGAUGUCAUCUGCCCACAUUUCUAUGGCCCGUGCUGUCUACCAGGGAGGUGCUGGGGGUAUAACUACACCCAAUGCAGGGGUAUCCGUGACCACAGCCAGGACCCCAGCUCAGUCUGUCUCUGUAGCGGGAGCUAUGUCUUCAGCCUCUUCACCUGCAACCUCUGGACCAGCAGCAACAGGUUCCACUGCUCCGGGACCGCCACAAGGGACGUCUCUGACAUCAAAGACAGACAAUCAAGCUACAGGAUCUGCUCCCACCAAAGCAGCUGUGCCGGCAGCGCGACCCAAAGGCUCUGUCAUUGAUCUCACUGAGGACGAUGAUGAUGUACAAGUGACAGGAGUGAAGAAUGCCACUGUUGCCGCUCCGUCACCUGUCCUGCGUCCUCACCCAGUCGUCAGCAUUCCCAACAGUGCAGGAGCAGGAGCAAGGUCGUCCCCCCAGAGCAAUCAGAACUCUUCCAGCAAUCCUCAGUUGACGGUCCAUCACCGCCCCCCAGUGGACUCAUUGAAAUCCCGCACUGCAACCGCUAGUACACCAACCAGGGGUUCCAGCAUGACAUUGCCCCCUCUCCCAGCUGCACCUGCACCUCCACGGCUACCCCCAGAGGCUGAGCGGACCUCGCCCCCUCAGCAACCUCAGCUGAAGCUGGUGCCAAGUCAGACCGGUAUAGUGCUGUCCUGGUGUGUGGCAGAAACUGAUCGGACCUGCGCAGGUGUAGAAAGCUACCACCUCUAUGCCUUCCAUCAAGACAACUCGAGCAGUAACGCAGCACAGCAGCACUGGAAGAAGAUUGGGGAGGUGAAAGCCCUUCCUCUGCCUAUGGCCUGUACGCUGACCCAGUUCCAGUCUGGCUCCACUUAUCAUUUUGCAGUUCGAGCCAAAGACAUCUAUGGGCGCUUUGGCUCCUUCUGUGAACCUCAGUGCACAAAUGUCAUCAGUUCCAGCCCCAGUUGAACAGUUACAGAAUUGAAACUUUUUUGCAUUCGGAAGUUCAUUGUUCCUUUGCUUCUUUUUUGUGUUAGCAACACUUACAGUAUCUGUAAAUAUCUCUCUGCAUAAAACUUGGGCAAGCAAAUGGUUGGAGUUGUCUGGUUAAUGGAUGUACUGUGUUUUUUGUUUUUUUUUUGCGACUUAAGCUGUUGUAUAAAAAUGUAUUACUUUGCCCUUCUACCAAGUCAGAUAUUUAUGUUGUUGUCUCCUGUUACUCUGACCUGGAUGUCUUUUGCUUUACUUGGGAAAACAUAACAGGAUUAUCAGUGUAAACUCAGAAUUGCACAGAAAUGUAUAAAUGUCUGGUAGAAACUGAAUGAUAACUUUUGUAAAUUUUGUCUGGCAACCAGACUUUGACAAACACAAUAAAAGGUUUUUAUU